AUGUUAGCGCUGCCAUUGGCUGUUACGGACAGUGUCUUUUUCGUUCCUGUUCGAGUUGGAGUUCGAGAAGACUCGUAUGCGUGCAUUUGUGUCAUGGCAGCGUCCAGAGAAGUACGACCCGCGGCCUUCGAGGGGCUGAUGGCUGGCGGAGGCAACGGUGAUGCACCUCAACGGGUGCGGGGGCGAGCCCGCGCCCAGAUGUUGGUCCAGCGGCUGCACACACGGCCCGAACACAUCGUUAGUAAGAAAGGCUAUUCAGGUUCCCAAAUAACACUUCAAGCCAAUUAUUUCAAGCUAGACAUGCCCAAAGACUGGGAGCUUUUGCAAUACCGCGUAGACUUCAACCCUGAGCAAGAUCUAACAUCGAUUCGCAAGUAUCUCUUGCGAACCCUUCGUCCUGAAUUGGGUGCUUUCUUAUUUGAUGGCACAGUCCUUUUUACAACAAAUCGUCUCACAAAUGAUGUGAAAGAAGUGCGGGAAAUGAUGACACAGCGCCAAGAUGGAGAGAAUGUGCGUGUGUCUCUGCGUCUUGUGGGAAUGAUGGCAGCUGGUGAUUAUCAGUAUCUGCAGUUUUUUAACAUUCUUUUGCGGCAAUGUAUGCGGCAUUUGCAUCUUCAGUUAGUGGGCAGGAAUUUUUAUGAUGCUAAAGCUAAGAUUGUUGUGCCUGAAUUUCAUAUGGAACUGUGGCCUGGAUACAUCACUUCUAUUCGUCAACAUGAAUCUAGCAUAUUAUUGUGUGCUGACACUAGUUUGAAGUUAAUGCGGAAGGAUACUGCUCUUAGUCUUUUAGAAGACUUCCACAGCAAAGAUCUUAGAAAUUACAAGCAUUUGUUUAGUGCUGCAGUGAUUGGAGCUGUGGUGCUUACUGAUUACAAUAAUCGCACUUACAGAGUUCAUGAUGUUGCUUAUGAUAUGUCUCCAGAACACACAUUUGAUAUGAAAUCUGGAGAAAAAGUUAGUUUCAAGGAUUAUUACAGAAAGAGAUAUAACUUGAAUAUUAUAUGUGGAACACAACCCAUGCUGAUAACUCGCCCAGCAGCUCGUGAACGGCGUGCUGGGGCUGCUGACAUCAUCUGUUUAGUUCCAGAAUUGUGUAGACUAACAGGUCUUACAGAAGCCAUGCGCCAAGAUUUCAAACUUAUGCGUACACUAGCUACUUAUUCACGAGCUAGUCCUGAUGCACGCAUGAAGCAAAUUGUGAAUUAUGCUAAACGAUUGAACUCAGAGCCAGAAGUACAGAAGGAGCUGGAUAAAUGGGGACUGGGCUUAAAACCAGAACUUGUCACUCUUAAUGGUCGAAUUUUAUCGUAUGAGAAAAUUGUACAAGAGAAUGGCAAAUAUGAACCCAGUCAACUUGUUGAUUGGACACGAGACAUGAGGAGUCGCACUCUCUUAGUGGUGCCUCGUCUGAAUUGUUGGGCAAUCAUUUUUCAAGCCAAAGCCAGGAGAGAUGUUGAACCAUUCAUUAAAUCUCUAAUUACAGCCUCUAGAGGCAUGGGCUGGAAUCUACCUGAACCAGAACUUGUUGGGCUUCCGGAUGAUAGAAGUGGAACAUAUGUGCAGUCCAUUGAAACUUCAAUCCAGAAAGUAAACCCAGAUCUUUUAAUGCUCAUUGUUCCUAACAACAACAGUGCUCGAUACAGUAGCAUUAAAAAGAAAUGUUGCUUGGAUCGAGGUGUUCCAUCACAAGUGGUUGUUAAUCGAAGUGUAACAGGGAAAGGUGUUAUGAGUGUGGCAACAAAAAUUGCUGUACAAAUUUGCUGUAAGUUGGGAGGUGCACCUUGGAGUGUAGAGAUUCCAUUGACAGGGCUAAUGGUGGUUGGUUUCGAUGUAAGUCCUGAUACAGCAAAGAAAGGACAAAAUUUUGGAGCUCUUGUAGCAUCUGUAGAUCCAGCUUGCACACGAUAUUUCAGCACUGUAAAUGCAUGUGCUUCUGGUGAGGAACUCUCAAAUCAUUUGGCCAUCAGCAUGAUCAAAGCCCUUCAUAAAUAUCGAGAACACAAUAAUGGGCAACUUCCCAAUCGAAUUGUGAUCUAUCGAGAUGGAGUGGGGGAAGGAAUGCUUCCGUAUGUGUGGGAGAUUGAGGUGCAAGGAGUUAGACGUCGACUUGAAGAGAUUUUUAACAAAUCAGGAACUGCUCUUCAUAUGGCUUUUAUUGUGGUGACUAAGCGCAUCAACACUCGUCUCUUUAUGAAGGGAGACAAUCCAGCUCCAGGUACUAUUGUUGAUGAUGUCGUAACUCUCCCUGAAAGAUACGACUUCUUUUUGGUUAGUCAGUCUGUUCGACAAGGAACAGUGGGACCUACGAGCUAUCAUGUUCUUUAUGACAAUUUGGGGUUGGAUCCAGAUAAAUUACAGCGCCUUACUUACAAAAUGACUCAUCUUUAUUACAACUGGAGUGGGACAGUGAGAGUUCCAGCUGCUUGCCAAUAUGCUCACAAGUUAGCUGUGCUGACUGCUCAAGCUGUGCACCAGCCAUCUCACAAACAUCUUGAAGAUGUUCUUUUUUUCCUAUAAUGAAAUUUCAUUCACUGUAAUUUUACAGUGAAUCAUAUUAUUAUAUGAAGAGUAUUAUAUUAUAGUAACUCUUUUUAAAGCAGUAUCUUUAUAAAUUAUAUAUUUGUUGACUUCAUAUAAAAAAGUCUUAAGAUUCUUUUUUAAGCAUACUACUUGGAUUUUUGGUAGGUACUCUAUUGUUCAAGUGUUUUUGGUUUUAGAUUUGAUGUUGAAAGUAAUUAGAUCAUGUUUGUACUUUUUUAUGGUGUUAUGUAAUCUUGUUAAUACAAUUUGUAAAUUGUUGGUAUAAAGAUUGAACACCUACGUUUUGUGAUGAUAUGAUCUUUUCCUGCCAAUGUGUAAACAUUGUAGAUGCAUUUCUUCCUAACUGCAGACUGAUUUAUUGAGACUUUCUUAUUCUUCAAUGACAGAACUGUCUCUGUUGCUUUCUUGUGCUUAAUCAGCAUCACUUUUCAGUCAUCAGUUUUGACUUGUUUACUAGGUGUGAUUCUUUUAACUUUUAAGAAUUUGACAUCAAUUUAAGAAUUGCUAGAGUUUGUUUUUAUUUUGACUUAGUUGUAUAUGUAUUCUUUGAAAUAAACUAAUGCAUUUCAUUUACACCAAAUUUAUUAUUAUUAUUAAUUAUAUAUAUAUUUUUCAGUAAAGCAGAGUGAGAAGUGCUAUAGUUUGUUAUUAUUUUCACUUAAUUUUACUUGUAUUUUAACAAAUAAACUAAUACUUUUUACUUUCA